AAAGAGAGAGAGAGAGAGAGAGAGAGACAGAGAGAGUAAAGUGACCCGCUGGUUCCUACGGACUACCGUCGAUCUGAGGCUCUUACCGGAAUACAGCGCCGCUUUCAUCUCAGUUAACGUUAGUUGUGCGCGUGUCGGGAAAGAGAAUAAUCGCAGUGUGUAAAGGCGGAAACAUGGACGGAUCACCGGAGACCGACACCGACAGCAGCGGAGCAGCGACGCGACGCAGACGCUCACCCGACGCUCUGCUGGCCGUCUUCAUCAUGAGUCUCGAAGUCUUCAUCAUCCAGGCGUCUUCGCUUCAUUUCUCCGAAGAGCCCCAGUCUCAGGACGCAUUACACGGCCGCAGUGCUAUCCUGCGCUGUGAGCUCAGCGGCCCGGAGGACAUGCGCUUCUGGUGGACUCAGGACGGCCGUCGCGUGCAGGACUCGAACCGCCGCUUCCAGGAGGGCAGUAACCUUAAGUUCACGGCGGUGGACCGUCACGCAGACACCGGCUGCUUCCAGUGUGUGGCAUCCAGCAGCUCCACCGGAGAGACCGUGACCUCCGCCAAUGCCUCAAUCAACAUCAAAUGGCUGGAGAAGGGGCCAAUUACAAUGAACGAACCCGCCUCAGAGGCGGAGCUAGAGGAGGCUGAGCGAAUCGUGCUGCAGUGUCACAUUGAUGGACAUCCACGGCCGAGCAGUAAAUGGUUCAAAGAUGGAGCUCAGCUGGACAGAAAGGACCGGAUCCUGACGCUGACCAACCUCAGCACAGGGGAUUCUGGGAUAUACUUCUGCUGUGCUCAAAAUGCUGCUGGAAAAGUGUGCAGUAACCACAAUAUCACCCUCAAUAUUUUUGAUAAGUCUGUUCCCCGUGUGCUGGUGGCUCCGGUGGAUCAGGUGGUUCUGCGUAAUGAGGAGGCCGUGUUUCACUGUCAGUUCAGAGCCAAGCCGCCGCCGCUGAUCGAGUGGUUCCACGACGCAGAACCCGUCCUCAACAAAUCACGCUGCUGGCUGCUGCUGUGUGUCUCUGUAGAGAUCGCAGAUAUGGGCGAGCGCUUGUGGCGUGUUUUCUCUGCGGGCCGCGGUGAGCGUGUGCGCUGUGAUCCGCCGCGGGGUCAGCCGGAGCCGCAGGUGUGGUGGGAGCGUGCGGGAGCUCGUGUGGCGUCUGAGGGUCGAGUCCAUCAGCGGAACGGAGAUCUGAUCUUCAGCCCCACAGACGGAUCAGACUCGGGCGUCUACACGUGUGUCGCCCGCAACACAGCCGGACAGAAGCAGCAGGAGCUCGUCGUCACUGUAGCCACUGUGGCAUCACCAGCUCUGAUUGAAACCGCAUGGCUUCCUGCAGUGAUGACGGUGAUGUCUGGUGUGUUUGAGCUGGUUUCUCAUGCGUGUCUCUCCGCAGACGGCGCUGAUCUCCCGUCUCACGCGAGUCAGAUGAACGGAGUUCUGCGCUUCAGUACAGUGACCCACGCCGAUGGAGGGAACUACACGUGUGUGGCGUCCAGCAGCGCACAGGGAGAGAUACGAGCGCACGUCCAUCUCACUGUAGGAGUUCACGUGGAGUUUAAGCUGGAGCCGGAGCAGACCACAGUCUAUCAGGGUCACACGGCCGUGUUUCACUGCCAGGCGUCAGGUGACCCGCAGCCGUACGUCCAGUGGAUGCUCAAAGACAAACUACUCGGCAGCAGCAGCUCCAGCAGGUUUCAGAAGAUGCCCAAUGGCUCUCUGAUCAUUAGUAACGUGACCACUGAGGACACGGGUGUGUACACCUGCAUCGCAGGAAACACCUGCAACAUCAGAGACACGGCUGCGCAGCUCUAUGUCGUGGAGAAGCCUGUGCACCCGCGCAGUGAAGAUGAGGAUAAGAGUCAGUUUAAGAUGUUCCAGACGAUCGCGCUGUCGGUGGCCGUGGCCGUGGCGUACAUCAUCGCUGUGCUGGGACUGAUGUUCUACUGCAAACAGAGACGCAAGAGCAAACGGCUGCAGAAGAACCGUGCCGGAGAAGAGCCCGAGAUGGAGUGUCUGAACGGUGUUCAGCUGAACGGCCACAGGAUGUCUGAGAUCCAUGAAGAAGUGGCUCUAAGCAGCAUGAGACCUUCAGCAGACUCAGAGAAACAGCAGAGCUGCGGUGACAAGCUGCACUUUCCCAGAGCGCACCUGCAGACCAUCACCUCACUGGGUCGUGGUGUGUUCGGCGAGGUGUUUCUGGCUAAAGCGAGGGCGAUAGAGGUGGCCGAGCCGGAGACGCUGGUGCUGGUCAAGAGUUUAGAGAGCCGAGAGGAAACGCACCGAACCGAGUUCAGACGAGAGCUGGAGAUGUUCAGCAAACUCAAUCACGCUCACGUCGUACGACUGCUGGGAAUCUGCAGAGAAACCCAACCUCAUUACAUGAUCCUGGAAUACGUGGAUCUGGGCGAUCUCAAACAGUUCCUCAGGAUAUCAAAAAGCAGCGAUGAGAAACUCCAGCCGUAUCCCAUCAGCACUAGAACUAAAGUCUCCAUCUGUGCUCAGGUGGCUCAUGGGAUGCAGCAUUUAUCAAACAGGGGUUUUGUGCAUAAAGACCUGGCGGCCAGGAACUGUCUGAUCAGCGGACAGAGACACGUGAAGGUGUCUGCGCUCAGUCUCAGUAAAGACGUCUAUCUCAGGUACCAGCUCCUUCAGUCCAGGCAGGUGUGGAUCCCGCUGCGCUGGCUGCCGGCUGAGAGUGUGUUUGAGGGUGAGUUCUGCAGGAAGGCAGACGUCUGGGCGUUCGGGGUGCUGAUGUGGGAGGUGUUCAGUCUGGGCGAGCUGCCGUACCCUGCGCUCAAUGACCACCAGGUGCUGGAAGGUCUCCAGGCAGGUACUCUGCGUUUGUCUCCUCCAGUGAACUGUCCUGCUCACGUCUGCAGUCUGAUGAGCCGCUGCUGGGCGUCCAGCCCUAAAGAACGGCUCACGUUCAGCGAGAUCCUUCAGAUUCUGACUGAUUCCCCCGCAGACACCAAAGUCUAGAGGAUCACGACUGCAAUCAGAGACUCAAUCACACACAUUUCAGACGUGAGAGUCUGCUUCGAGACUCGCUCAGGAUCAAACACGCUUCUGUCCCAUUAAUGAUCUGUUUACGCUUCUGUAGAAGCUCCUUCCUCUCGCUGGAGCCUCAGGGACCCCGAGGAUGACCUUUGACCUCUGCAGCGCAGGACAAUCGCAGAUCCAUCAGGUUACAGACACAGGAGGAGGUACUGCACACACAUGAUGCUGGAAUCCCGUCAUGCCUGCGGCUCUCGUCACGCACUGGAAUCAGCAGUGCAUACAGUCGAGUGUGUGUGUAUGAGUGUGUGUGCGUGCGAGUGUGUGUGUGUGUGUGCG